AUGACUUUUGUUUGCUCUGCAUGUCGGAGAUCCUUCAAACGGCUAGGACAUCUUAUACAGCAUGAAGAUAAAACUGGUAAUCAUGCUUGCAAGGAAGCUGGAAGAGCACGGGUAGAGAUUCUUCGGCGCAACAGUACUAGAUCUCCCCGUCGCAGCUACCAUAGACCUCACCAUCAAUCAGAUUCACCCCAGCAGUCUCAUCAUGACCGGUCCCAGUCACUCGAUACUCAUUCAUCUACAUCUCACUCUUCCGAAUCAUCAAAUCCAGAUGGUGACGAUGAAGGCAAUGAAGGAAAUGGGCCGAUUAAGAUCUUCAGGGGUGAUUUUUUUGGAAAUGACUAUAUGGCAGAUGAUUUCCCAGGCUUAGAUGAUGAUGAUGAGGAAGACCUUGCUGGAGAUGUCAAUAGGGAAGAUGGAGAUGAAGAUGAAGAUGAAGAUGUCUUCGAUGAUACUUUGAUGGAUCUCGAACAAACCUGGGAAGAAGAAAGGGAGCGUGUUGUCAUUCCAGAGGAGAGAGAAGAAUACAAUACCAUGGAUGUUGAUGAGAGUACAAGGAAAUCAUGCCUCCGUUCACUCCCAGCACACCGCGAUGACAUUCAUGUUGAUGUGUAUGGGGGUCAAGCUGGUGCUCCACUUCCUGAUUCAAAUCCAACCCACACUUUGCACGAUUCCUCACAUGGGUUUCUCCACUAUCAGUCCCAGAUCUCUGGUAUUAACCAUAAUCCAUGGGCUCCGUUUCAAUCACGCAUCGACUGGGAAGUCGCUCGUUGGGCAAAAAUGCGUGGACCCAGUUCAACUGCCUUUUCAGAAUUACUUGAGAUUGAUGGAGUUUGUAAAGCUCUUGGACUCUCGUAUCGGAAUAGCAAUGAAGUUAAUGGUAUCAUUGACACUGGUCUCCCCACUCAGCGCCCAUCUUUCACCCGGGAAGAGGUCAUCAUUGCUGGAGAAUCAUUUGAUUUAUAUAAACGGGACAUCAAAGAAUGUAUCCAAGCAUUAUAUGGAUCUCCUGAGCAUGCACGUUACAUGUGUUUUACACCUGAACGGCACUACUCUGAUGCAGAUAAGACUUCUCGGCUCUAUCAUGAUUUCUAUACUGGAAAAUGGUGGUGGGCUACACAGACUGCAUUAGAGAAGGAAAACCCUGGGGCGACAGUGAUUCCUAUCAUUAUAUCUAGUGACAAAACUCAAGUCACUCUGUUUCGCAAUAAAUCUGCAUAUCCUGUUUAUCUUACUAUCGGUAACCUUCCCAAAGAGAUUCGGCGGAAACCCUCACAGCAGGGUCAAAUUCUACUGGCAUACCUUCCAACAACAAAGCUACAACAUCUGACUACUAAGGCUGGACGACGACGAGCUCUAGCAAACUUGUUUCAUGCAUGUAUGGGUAAUUUAGUUGCACCACUUAAGGAGCUUGGAAUAUCUGGAGUUGUCAUGCAGAGUGGUGAUGGAGUCAAACGACGAUGUCAUCCAAUCUUGGCAGCAUACAUUGGAGACUAUCCGGAACAGAUCCUGGUGUCCUGUGGAUAUUACGGCGAUUGUCCAGUCUGCAUGACAACAAAGGACAAGCUUGCUGUCGAAGCUGCGAAACUUAUACACACCAACCUGUGGGUGGACCACUGUGACGAGGCCAAUCUGAAGCCUGUGCAGCAUCCAUUUUGGGAAGACUUGCCUUACACCGAUAUAUUCCGUUCGAUUACACCUGAUAUUCUGCACCAGAUGUACCAGGGAGUUAUGAAACACCUUGUUCAAUGGAUUACCAGUAUUGUUGGUGCAGCUGAAAUUGAUGCUCGGGUCCGUCGCCUACCCCCAAAUCAUGGUAUCCGUCAAUUUCAGAAGGGUAUUUCUACCCUUUCGCGGGUGAGCGGAUCAGAACACAAGCAGAUGUGCACAUUUCUUCUUGCCCUUAUAAUCGAUAUCCCUCAUUUGACACCUCAACAAUCACACAAUCUCUCAACUGCAACUCGCUCGCUUCUUGAUUUCCUCUACCUCGCAUGCUACCCCAUCCAUAGUGAUGAUUCAUUGGAUAUUCUCGAAGCAUCACUUGCAACAUUCCAUGAGUAUAGAGAUGUCUUUGCUCAGUUGUCAGUCCGUGAGCACUUCAACCUACCAAAACUCCACUUUCUAUGCCAUUGUGUCUGUGCUAUCAAACUCUAUGGGACGACUGAUAAUUAUAAUACUGAAACCACUGAGCGCCUUCACAUCGACUUUACAAAAGAUGCCUUUCGGUCAUCAAACCGGAAAGAUGAAUACCCACAAAUGACUCGAUGGUUAGAACGUCAUGAAAAGAUCAUUCACCAUACCAACUAUCUUACUUGGAGGAGUACCAGAUCUCCAAGCCCUGCUGCAGCAUCCCUAGAUGUGGGACAACGUUUCGACUUCCCUGGUGCAAUACGUUCAUUGUCAGACCUCAAAUGCACACUUACACAGCAAAUGGCGAAGACACCUACUCUCCGAUCAGUUUCACUCUCGAAGAUUGAAGAUACAGGCUCUCGAGGUUACGGUGCAGUGAACUUCAUACCUGCACUGAAGAGAUUUAUUGCUCAAUUCCGGCAUCCUGACUAUGAGCCUUGGCGCCAGUUAGAAAUGGCCGAGUUCAUCACUUUUCCAUUCCGAAACUUACCUGUAUGGCACCGUUUGAAAUUUCGGAAUGAAGAACUUUACGAUAAAUGCACUUUGGAUACAGUUUGUGCCUACCCGCGACGAUAUAAUUCAAGAAAUGAAGUUAUUCAGCAUGCACGCUUCGAUGCAGCACUGAUCCAGGUGAAUGGAGUGGAGGUUAAUAGCGAUAAUUAUUUCAAAGGUAUGCAAGUCGGUCGUGUCCGUGUCAUAUUUUCGCUUCCUGAAGGCAAGCUUGAUGGAUUACUUCCAGCAAACAUGACACCACCGAAAUACCUUGCAUAUGUGGAGUGGUUCAGCUGUUUUCCAAGUCGAGCAGAAUCUUACACAGGACUGUAUUGUUUGAAAAAGCAGUUCAAUAGAGAUGGAACUCCUGCAGCCUCCAUUCUGCCACUGGAGACGAUCAAACACAGUGUUCAUUUGUAUCCGAAGUGGGGUGGAACAGUUCCUGCAGCUUGGACAACAAUGAAGAGGUCAGCUUCGGAAUUGGAAGAUGAUGAUGAAAUUACCGAGAGCUCACAAGAUUCGGAGAUGCCAAUGAGUGUUUGGCUUCAACAGCGUAGAGCUAACAGCUACAGCCCUCUUAGAUCUUCCAAGACCCCGAAGCGGAUGACUGAAGACAUUCAACAUGAUUUGAACCAGACUCUGGUCGAAGUCAACAACAACGAAGUAUUAUGUGCUACAUGCAGAAUACCAGUCACACUGUGGGAUGUCGAAAAGAAUGUACCUGUUCAGGCCGUCGCAUCAAAGUAUAAUAGGCUUGUCCGAAGAUUCCUACGUCCCGAAGAAGUUGGUGACAAUAUUAUCAUUGCGGAGAACGUACGACUCAGGAAUACUAUCCGUUCCCUUGAGAAGGCACUUAGUGACCGCCAACAUGAUGUAUGGCAACUUGAAGAUGAAUUGAAAACCCUUCGAGACGGUCUUCGACAGCUUUUAGUACAUUGAUGAUAAUUCCACUCUCUUUGAUACAGUAGAGAC